AGAUAAGCAGCUAAGAAAAGAAAAGAAAGUCAGUUGAAAAUAAAAUAUUGGUGCCUCACAUUGAAUGUAGCACUGCAGACUUGAAAGGUGCACGCCCUUUUAGAGAGUACUCACACUGAACCAACCUUCAAGCAAAUGAUGCUCACGUCACUGGGAAACUGAAUAAAAGGGUAAAACCCACAACAAUGCAUGGCCUGUAAGCCGCCAACCAUGGCUCAAAGGAAGAGGCCAGGGACCAGUGGAGGAAAUAGUAUGGCUGCCCCAGGUCCCGCCUCCUGUCCUACCGCUCACACUACAGAGUCAUGUGAUCUGAAAGCGGCAGCGGCGCGGCAACGCCCACACCGCUACCCCAAAGAAUCGCAUGAGCCGAAACCUCUCCCUCACUCCUGCAAGGCACAAUAUUCUUCUCCCAAGUCUCAAGACAUGGGGCGCAGUCAUCCAGAAGCGGAUGCAGAUCCGGAGGAAGAAGUGAAGCGGUACAGCAACCACGAACCAGACGCAGAACUUCAGGAUCAGCGUCCAGCAACACCAUCCACGCCGGAACAUAACCACGACCGAGAUGACCCUAACCAGGGGGACUUCCACGGUGGAGCCGACAGCCUGGAUGAUGAUUCCAGCUCUGAUUAUAUAAACAACACCUCAGAUGAUGAUGAUUAUGAUGACGGGUUGGCAGAGGAGGAUGAAGGUGUUACUUACUACAUCCGCUACUGCCCAGAGGAUGACAGCUACCUGGAGGGCAUGGACUGCAACAACCAGGGAGACUGCAACCACAGCCACAGCCGGGGGGACUGCACCAGCACCAUGCAGCUCGGCGGGUCCCACACUGAUGAAUGCCAGGAAGCUGUGGAGGGCUGGACCGAAGAGGGGGAGGGGCAAGCAAGAGAGGAAGAAUGGGUAGAAGAUGAGGAGGGGGAAGGGGCAGCGAGGGAAGAGUGGAGAGAAGAGGAGGAAGAGGUGAGGGAAGAGUGGAGAGAAGAGGAGGAAGAGGUGAGGAAAGAGUGGAGACAGGGAGAUGAGGAGCCGCGAGAGGAGUGGAGGGAGGAGUGCCAGGCCAGGCAGGAGCAGUGGGCGGGUCGUGAGAGGCACCGAGUGGAGGAGUGGGGUGAGGGAGAGGGAGAGGUCCGCUGUGAGGUGGUGGAGCAAGAUCCCGAUGAGCAGAUAUACAACGGACGACCGGAGCCCAUCCUGGACCAUCACCACCACCAUCAUCACCACCACCAGCCUGCCACGCAGGAUGCCGCACACACCCGAAGGGCUGACAGAGAAGAAGAGGAGGAGGCGGAGAGCGAGGACUACUGCCCUAACGAGGAUGAAGAAGAGGAAGGCGAGGAGGAGGAGAGAAAUGGAAGGGCCUACACCGGAGACUACUACGCCCCUGAAGACAACGGGAACUCGGUGCGAGUCUCUCCCUACCGAAGCCGUAAAGUGCUGGUGGUUGAGGGGGAAACAGGGGAGGAAGCUGAGGAGGACAUUGAUCAAAUUGUUGCUGAGAUUAAGAUGAGUAUGAGCAUGGGGAGUCUCAGCAGUGGCACAGACCAAAGCCCGGAAGAGCUGGCACAGGACCCCGCACCAAGUGACUACCCUCACUCCAAGCCCGACGCAGCACCUUACCCUCCACCUCACCACCGACACGACAGUAGGCCCAAGUCCCUCAACCUCCCCUCCAUGCACCACAACAACCCUGAUCUCCAGCGGGGCCACAAGACGCAUCCACGCUCCCCUGAUGACAGGCAGAGAUGGCCCCAAGAUCAGGUGAGCAAUGGCGCAGAGCAACCCAGAAAACAGCAGCGGUCCGACCUCAACGUCCCCCUGGAGAACAACAACGUACCAGAGCCUACAAAGAAGGUCGCGUCCUUCCCCAGCUUUGUCGAUGUCCCAGGACCCUGUGAGCCAGAAGACCUGAUUGAUGGGAUUAUCUUUGCUGCUAACUACCUGGGCUCCACUCAGCUGCUGUCUGAGAGGAACCCCUCCAAGAACAUCCGAAUGAUGCAGGCCCAGGAGGCCGUCAGCAGGGUCAAGAGGGUACAGAAGGCUGCCAAAAUCAAGAAAAAGGCGAGCGCAGAUGGAGACGCCCAAACCCUUACCGAGGUUGAUCUGUUUAUCUCCACCCAGAGGAUCAAAGUCCUCAACGCAGACUCACAGGAAACGAUGAUGGACAACGCGCUCCGCACUAUAUCCUACAUUGCCGACAUUGGGAACAUUGUCGUCCUGAUGGCAAGACGCCGGAUGCCACGCACAGCCUCACAGGACUGCAUAGAAACUACACCCGGAGCGCCCGAGGCAAAGAAGCAGUACAAAAUGAUAUGCCACGUCUUUGAGUCUGAGGAUGCCCAGCUUAUUGCUCAGUCCAUCGGCCAGGCUUUCAGCGUAGCUUACCAGGAGUUCCUGAGAGCCAAUGGCAUUAACCCCGAGGAUCUGAGUCAGAAGGAGUACAGUGACAUCAUCAACACCCAGGAAAUGUACAAUGAUGACCUCAUCCACUUCUCCAACUCUGAAAACUGCAAAGAGCUGCAGCUGGAGAAGAGUAAAGGGGAGAUCCUGGGUGUGGUGAUUGUGGAGUCCGGCUGGGGCUCCAUCCUUCCCACAGUUAUUUUAGCCAACAUGAUGAACGGCGGCCCAGCAGCUCGCUCUGGCAAGCUCAGCAUCGGAGACCAAAUCAUGUCCAUCAACAACACCAGCCUAGUGGGGCUGCCGCUCGCCACCUGUCAGGGAAUCAUUAAGGGCUUAAAGAACCAGGUCCAGGUGAAAAUGAACAUUGUCAGCUGCCCUCCUGUUACUACAGUCCUCAUUAAGAGACCAGAUCUAAAGUAUCAGCUGGGCUUCAGUGUUCAGAAUGGCAUUAUAUGCAGUCUGAUGCGAGGAGGCAUUGCUGAGCGAGGUGGGGUCCGGGUAGGUCACAGGAUCAUAGAGAUCAAUGGUCAGAGUGUGGUGGCCACAGCACACGAGAAGAUUGUCCAGGCUCUCUCGAACUCUGUUGGCGAGAUUCACAUGAAGACCAUGCCGGCAGCCAUGUUCAGGCUUCUAACGGGACAGGAGACCCCCAUGUACAUAUAAAGAACAGCCAAGAACCGCCCCCCGCCGGGACAGGCAGUGAGCUGCGGUCGGUUAUCAUACAAACAAACCUGACUAGUGACGGGAUGGAGGAUUACUCCUCCCUGUCCUUUCAGUUCUCUCUUCUUUUUCUUUUCUUCAUCUUUGGGCUGAUGACUCCAACUCCUCAUCAUCUCUCUAGUCUGUGCUUAACAUGCAACAGCCAUUAUAUUGAUACUGGAUGCCUAAUCCACUCGACCAGCUGAAGAGA